AUGGAGAAUUGCUUUCAGUUACCUCCGUCUCUCUUCCAAAGCAAGGAGGAAGGUGGUCUUGGCUAUCACUUCAAAGACCUAGCGAUGCUGCACUUGCACCUCGUAGGCUUCGGAGGCCUUGAAGCUGCAGGUGUCGGACCGGGCAGCACCGUCAUUGUUGCGCCUGGCUCUGGCAAGUUUUCCGGUUCUGCCGUCUUCACUGCCUUAGCGCUGGGCGCGAGGGUUGUUGCCGCAGGUCGGGACCUGCGGAAGCUUGAGCACUUGUAUCAACUUCCUGGAGCAAGGCAGCGAAUCAAGCUGGUCGAGCUUGUUGGCGACGUGGCCAAGGAUCAACAAGCCCUACUGCACGCGACAGGCGGUAAAGGAGCGCACGUAUACAUGGACUUCUCCCCACCAGCGGCAUCAGGACCGACGACAGCACCACACAUCACAGCUGGUAUCAACGCGCUCAGGCGGGGGGGUCAGCUUGUCCUUGAAGGCGGCAUUUAUACGGAUAUUGCACUUGACUACCGCACUAUCCUCUUCAACUCUCUCACAGUAAGGGGCCAGAUGGGAUACACUAGACAACAGCUCGAGGCAUUUAUUCGCAUGAUUGAAAACGGCAAUGUCAUCCUGGGGGAUGCGGUCGGUUUGAAAAUUGCAGGGACAUUCGGACUCGAGCGGAUGGAGGAAGCGAUGGAUUUGGCGGAGAAGGGGACGGGGUGGGGCGGAGAUGUGCUCUUGGCACCGAAUGGAGAAGAUCAUAAGCUGUGA